ACCCCCAUCAGGAGCCAUUUUGUACCCAGAUCAAUAACAUACAUGUAAACUCCGAUCUCUCGGCGCAGCGGUGGACUCUGCUAGUCUAGUAGAGCGCAAACCUGGAUUAUCUAUUAGCUAGACUACAUUUCAAACGGAAUCAGGACCAAACUCCGGAAAUGAUGAAUUUACUAGUGCACACGGGUUACUAAACAGUGUCUUUCUCUGACCGUCCCGCUAAGGUGUUGUGCCGCCACCGACACGCUGUGUUUAGAUGGAUCGGAGAAGCCAGUAGUUAUUGUGAUUUCGGACUGAUGUCGGGACGAUAUCCGGUUUAAAUGUUCGCGACGGGAAAACAAGGAGAACGUCUUCCCUGUCUUUCUAUCAAUACGAGAACAUCAUGGCUUUUUCCUGGCUGACUUGUUCGCUUCUCCUGGGAACUUUGUGUGCAGGCUGGGGCCAUGGCGAUGUGGAGACCAGAGAUUGUGUGUACUACAAUGAUAACUGGCGUACAGAGCGUACCAACCAGAGUGGUGUGGAGAGGUGUGAGGGGGAGAAGGAUAAACGACUACACUGCUACUCCUCCUGGCUCAACAUCUCAGGAACCAUCAAACUGGUGAAGAAAGGCUGCUGGCUGGACGACUUCAACUGCUAUGACAGGCAGACGUGUGUGUCCAUGGAAGAGAACCCCCAGGUGUUCUUCUGCUGCUGUGAGGGGAACUACUGCAAUGAGAGGUUCACACACCUGCCUGACCUCGUUGCCGCCGGCAACAGAGUGAAAAUCCGCCCCCCUCCCAGAGUGCCAUCUCUGUUGAAUAGCCUGGUGUUCAGUCUGCUAUCUCUGUGUGUUCUGUCUCUGACCCUGCUACUUGCCCUGUGGAUGUAUCGGCAGCGCAAACCACCCUACGGACAUGUUGACCUCCUCGAGGACCCUCGGCAAACCCCCCCCUCUCCCAUGGUGGGGCUGAAGCCUCUGCAGUUACUGGAGGUGAAGGCAAGGGGGCGCUUCGGCUGUGUGUGGAAGGCUCAGCUGAUGAGUGAAUACGUGGCUGUGAAGGUCUUCCCUGUUCGGGACAAGCAGUCGUGGCAGAACGAGAGGGAUAUCUUCCUGACUCCUGGUAUGAGACAUGAGAACCUGCUUCGCUACAUCGCUGCGGAGAAACAAGGCAGCGACAUGGAGACGGAACUCUGGCUCAUCGUGGAAUUCCAUGAGCGGGGUUCGUUGACUGACCAUCUGAAAGACCGUACAGUGACCUGGUCUGAAAUGUGUCAUAUUGCUGAGACGAUGUCCCGUGGUCUGGCCUACCUCCAUGAAGACACAGCCAUCAACAAGGGAGAAGGUCCCAAACCCACCAUCGCACACAGGGACUUCAAGAGUAAGAACGUGAUGUUGAGACGUGAUCUGACAGCCGUCAUCGGAGACUUCGGUUUGGCCGUCCGGUUUGAGCCGGGGAAACCUCCAGGAGACACCCACGGACAGGUGGGUACGUGGCGUUACAUGGCCCCUGAGGUUCUAGAAGGGGCUAUAAACUUCCAGAGAGACUCCUUCCUGAGGAUCGAUAUGUAUGCUAUGGGGCUGGUUCUGUGGGAACUGGUGUCACGAUGCAUCGCCACAGACGGUACCGUAGGGGAGUUCAUGCUGCCGUUUGAGGAGGAGAUUGGCCAACACAUGUCUCUACAGGAACUGCAGGAUGCGGUCGUUCACAAGAAGAUGAGACCGGUCUUCAAGGACACCUGGCUCAAACACCCGGGUCUGUCUCAGUUGUGUGAGACUAUAGAGGAGUGUUGGGACCAUGACGCAGAGGCUCGUCUCUCCGCCGGCUGUGUCGAGGAACGCAUCUCCCAGAUCGCCAGGACAACCGUCAGCACUACCUCAGACUGCCCAGUUGCCGUAGUAAUGUCGGUAACCGCCGCCGACGACCUACCCCCCCCAAAGAGUCCGGCACCUGAGUUCUGUGUUACUGUGACGUCAGAGCAGUGACGUCAGAGCAGUGACGUCAUCACGGAACGAUGCUCCUGACUUUUCUAGCCUAAACUUUUAAACAACUUGAAUACAGCUGCUAUUUUUAUAGACUUGAUCAAGUCUUCUCUUCUAUCCGUCUUCUGUAGUUUUCACUGAGAAAAUCACACGACAGAAAUAAGCUAUAUGCUGGACAAAUACCUCUCUUAAGACAUUAACUUGUAUUAAUCUUCUAUUCAGUCAAUACCUCGUGUUGUGUUUAGUGGGUUUGAUUAUUACCUCAUUCUGUCGUCUGGUCAAGAUGGCGGCCAGCCAAAGAAAGCUAACCGUAUUCCAAACCUCUGACGUGACGAUGCACAACACACAGUCUGACCGACCGACCAUAUAUAUACACACACACACAGCCCAGACGAUAGACAUACACACUGUAGAUCCGCAGGACUGAUGUCCGAUGAACCACGAGACUGUUCCAACGUAUUUAUCUUCCUCGGGAUGAAACGUGGCUCUUUACUCAGCGUUCUGUCGUCCAUCUUUUUUUGGCUUAGGAACACCUUUUUGAAAUAACGACACUGACACCUGAACCAACCCUCCAUAUAGCCUCAUCCAUCAGUGCUAUCCUGGAUCCUUGGGACGUCCCUACUCUAAACCCAGGGCCUGACAGUAGAGCAGUGUUAACUAGGGAGAGGAGGGGGGGGCAAGAGGCCCGGACGCUACGCAGGAGUAGCAUUGGACAAACUGACUUGGAAAGGAUUAGGACACAAUUAGACUUGUGGUUUUGGAUUGGAACUACGACAUCUCAGGAUUCCAGCCUAUUGGAACAUUUUUCUACACAUGCAGAGAAGCCAAACUAUCAGGAAACAUCUUUUAUCUGACAUUACUCAAUGAAAUCUGAAAUUGAAAUGUUAUACAUUCUGGAUGCAACUUUUUUUUGUGCGAAUGUGUGUGUGUGUGUGUGUGUGUGUGUGUGUGUGUGUGUGUAAUAGACUGAGAGGAGUAUUUUUGUAUUUUUUGUCUGAACUGCUGUUGAAGCUGUGAAUAAGUAUUUGAAGGGCCAUGCUUGACUUGGUUACAAGUUUAUUUUUCUUUCUCUGUCUGCUCAGUAGACCAGUUUCACAAAGCUAUGAUUUCCAGUCUUUUAUUUUGGAAACAAAUUGUCUGACUUGUGAGACUAAGUUUCAGUUACCUCGGCAACCUGUAUGUCGUUCAGUUACCUCGGCAACCUGUAUGUCGUUCAGUUACCUCGGCAACCUGUAUGUCGUGCAAGAAAAACCAAACACAGUGGCUGUCUUUAUUUCAACUGCAUACCAGACUAGCCUGGUUCCAGAUCUGUUUGUGCUGCCUUGCCAACUGCCUUGCCAACUCCUAUGGUCAAUAACAACACAAACACAUCUGGAACCAGGCUAAUAUGACCAGACUGUAACAAACUAGUGAACAUCCACACAAUGCUGCUGAUACUCACUACCAGGUUUGGGAUCCGGCGGCGGACUCGCAAUCUGGCAUUUCGGGCAAAUUCCAUAUGGGCUGGUACAUUUUUAGCCCAGUGGGCCUGUCUAACUUGUUAUAACUAUCUGGCUAAUAAUAGAAUGGGCUGGUGUGGUUUAAUUAAUCCCGCCAUAUUGAGCCUGCCCACACUACCGCUGGCUUUCUGUCCCAACCCCCACCUGCUACCGCAAGAACUGGUCCCCGAACCCAACCGCAAGAACUGGUCCCCGAACCCAAACGCAGUCUUGCAAUGGGACUUUAGGAGCAUGUGACGAAGCAGCUCACCAGCCAUGGUCCCGAAGUCAUUUUGCACCCUGUAUGCAAUAGCAAAAUGCACGAAAAUAAUGUAAGAGCUAAGUUAAAUUACCAGACAUUCUCACGUGGCCCAUUUUUAUAUUAGUCUACUGGGAUAUACCAGCCAAUAGACCUAGAUGUAGUUUGAAGAGAGCAGUGUGGGAGAGACCUGGCACUUUCUCUCAUUUUAUAAGCGUCCCCUAGGACCUGCGGGUCCCGACAGAGAUCAUUGCAGCGUGUUCGGCAUUUUUCAUGCUGCGGUUGGGUGCUGCCCUUUUAUCUUUAAGGGGGGGGAAAAUGAUUCGGUUUUGAGACUUCAAGCAACAACAAAAAAAUUGCAUUUUGUGGGGGCCUCAAGGAAAAUAAUGGGCUGUUGUGGGGGCCUCAAGGGAAAUAAUGGGCUGUUGUGGGGGCCUCAAUGGAAAAUAAUGGGCUGUUGUGGGGGCCUCAAGGGAAAUAAUGGGCUGUUGUGGGGGCCUCAAUGGAAAAUAAUGGGCUGUUGUGGGGGCCUCAAUGGAAAAUAAUGGGCUGUUGUGGGGGCCUCAAUGGAAAAUAAUGGGCUGUUGUGGGGGCCUCAAGGGAAAUAAUGGGCUGUUGUGGGGGCCUCAAUGGAAAAUAAUGGGCUGUUGUGGGGGCCUCAAUGGAAAAUAAUGGGCUGUUGUGGGGGCCUCAAUGGAAAAUAAUGGGCUGUUGUGGGGGCCUCAAGGGAAAUAAUGGGCUGUUGUGGGGGCCUCAAUGGAAAAUAAUGGGCUGUUGUGGGGGCCUCAAUGGAAAAUAAUGGGCUGUUGUGGGGGCCUCAAUGGAAAAUAAUGGUUCAGUGUUUGAAACCCCAGGGCUGAUUUCUGGUCCCAGUCCGCCCAUGUUGGGAUGAAUUCCAUAUAAAUUCCUAUCAGCUCAGAUUUGGAAUUUCCAAUGGCAAAUUUUCCUAUUUGAAAAGAAAUGGAAUUUCAGUGUACUUCCUGAAAUUGAAUUGACCCCUACCGCGCUCACUACUCCAGGGUCCUCAACGAUCGAUAAUGUUGAUGUCGCCAUGUAUUCUCUGUUCUGUGAAUGGAACUGUAAGUGAUGCUCAUUGUAAUAAUGUUGUUUUUUAAUGUUCGUUCUCAACUGUUUACCCUCUGACAGCACAUAUACCUCAGGUUUUUAUACAGAUUAAUAUCUCUUGUUAUAUCGUGUUUUAGUCGUUAUAUUUACUGCGAGUUUUACUUUUAUUUUUGUGUACCGUGGAGAUUUCAAAUUCUAUUCGACUGACUAGUUGCGUACAGGACGUGUUUUAUGUUGUUCAACCCAAAUUAGAGGCUGGACCUUGGUAUGUAAAUACUGGUUGUCAUGUACACAGUUGCAGAACACUGAUUUUACAACGUAUUCGGUUGGGGAAAUAAUGUUUUUUUUUUUUUUCAUUUUACUUGAUUGAAAAGGGGAAUUUGAAGAGUGUCUCUGUGGUUUUUAUAAUUUACUUUCGAAAUAUCAUGGUUCUCCCCUAAAUAAUAUAAGAGGGACUCUGCGCCACCUUGUGGGCCGGCUGCGCCACCUUGCGGCGCCGGCUGAGCCGAGCCACCUUGCGGCGUCGGCUGAGCCGAGCCACCUUGCGGCGUCGGCUGAGCCGAGCCACCUUGCGGGGCCGGCUGGGCCGAGCCACCUUGCGGGGCCGGCUGGGCCGAGCCACCUUGCUGGGCCGAGCCACCUUGCGGGGCCGGCUGGGCCGAGCCACCUUGCGGGGCCGGCUGGGCCGAGCCACCUUGCGGGGCCGGCUGGGCCGAGCCACCUUGCGGGGCCGGCUGGGCUGAGCCACUAUGCAAUUUUAUACAGUACCAGUCAAAAGUUUGGACACCUACUCAAAGGGUUUUUCUUUAUUUUUACUAUUUUCUACAUUGUAGAAUAAUAGAAUACAUCAAA